UUGCCCAUACUACUCCAACAACCCAACGCACGCAGCAUCGGCCAUGGCGGCCACCAGCCUCAGCCGAUCCGCGACAUUCCUGUCCGGGUGAGGCCAACCGCUUCGCUCCUCUCGGUAAAUCGAUCCAGGCCCAACUAAAAGCAACGCCCAAAUUAAAAAGCAGGAGAGAAAAAAGCUCGAAGAAGUGAGCUCCCACCUUCUCUCUCUCCCCCCGCUCGCACCACCACCGAACCCUCCGAUCCAAACCCUCCUCGCAUGACGCCGCGCGCCACGAGGCGGCGGCGCUGCUGACCCCCUCCCCCUUGACCCGCCGGGUAGAGACGUCAGGCAUGGGCGGCGUGACGUCCAACAUCGCCGCGCGCUUCGCCUUCUUCCCGCCCACGCCGCCGUCCUACACCGUUGUCGUCGCCGACGCCGCCACCGGCCGCCUCGCCAUCCCCGAGAUCUCCCGUCCCCCCGCCCGCCGAAGGAGGCGGGACGGCGCUGGCGGGGACUCCUCCUCGACCUCCGGCACCGGCGCUGAGGAGGAGGACGGCACGGAGGUGGUGCGCCUCCGCACGCGCCGGGGGAACGAGAUCGUGGGGGUGUACGUGCGCCACGCGCGGGCCUCCGCUACGUUGCUCUACUCCCACGGGAACGCCGCCGACCUCGGCCAGAUGUACGGGCUCUUCGUCGAGCUCAGCCGCCGCCUCCGCGUCAACCUCUUCGGGUAUGAUUAUUCCGGUUAUGGGAGAUCUACAGGGAAGCCCACUGAGUGUAAUACAUAUGCAGACAUUGAAGCAGCAUAUAACUGCCUCAAGGAAAAAUAUGGUGUCGCAGAUGAGGAUAUAAUAUUGUAUGGUCAGUCUGUUGGAAGUGGUCCAACCAUUGAUCUUGCUUCGCGAUUGCCAAACUUGCGAGCUGUGGUUUUGCACAGUCCCAUAUUAUCUGGACUAAGAGUACUAUAUCCAGUCAAACGGACGUUUUGGUUUGACAUUUACAAGAACAUCGACAAAAUUGGCUUGGUAAAUUGUCCCGUGCUCAUCAUUCAUGGUACAUCAGAUGAUGUCGUCGACUGCUCCCAUGGAAAACAGCUAUGGGAGCUUUGUAAAGUAAAAUAUUCGCCACUGUGGUUAAGUGGUGGUGGCCACUGCAAUCUCGAGCUGUAUCCUGAUUACAUUAGGCACUUAAAGAAGUUUGUGUCAAGCCUGAGCAAAAAAUCGUCAAAACCUGACCCAAUAGAGAUAACAGCAAAGGAUGACACUGCUACUAAAGGCACAGAAGCUGCAUGCUCGGACAAACCCCAAGAGGCUGCAAAGUGCUCACAGAUCUCGCGGAAGAGCCUAGAUAGCCGUGUUGGGAAAUCUAAAACGGUGAACGUUCCUGAGAAACCGCGGAUGAGCUCAGAUGAUAUCGACAAGUUCAGGAGGAGAAGAUGCUUGGUUUGGUGAUGUGAUCUUCUGCACAAUGUGUGGAACAGUACUGAAUACUAUAGCGUGGGAAUCAAGCAACUGUAUUACAUCCUACUGCGAGGAAUGGCUUCCAGCGGUUCCUGCAGCGGAGAGAAAGUAGCUGUUAAAUAAAGGAAACGAAUCAGGAAGCUACUACCAUCCAUCAAAGAGCUACUACUCAAAACUGGUAGUUUCUCGGUUAAUUUAACACUUACACCGUCAGCCUGUUUUGCAGCACCAGUUAGGGUUUCCAUCAUGUGAAAGUGUACCAUUAUUGUCUGUAAUCACGAGGGACCAAUACAAACAUUUUCUGCCACUUUGUGCAAAGUCUGAAGCCUUGACGGAA